GCGGCGAGGGGCCGCGGAGCACGGCAGCCUCCCGGCCCGCCCGGGCGAGAGGAAGCGAUGAAUAUUCAGAGGGGGAGGGCAGGAGAGGGGGCCGAGCGCUCGGAGCGGCUCCCUGCAGCCGGAGCCGCAUGACGCGCGGAGGAGGCAGAGGGAGCAGCCGGGGCCGCAAGAACCAGGAGCCCGGCGCCACGCGCGAGGGGUGGGCGCCACUCGCUCCGCCCCGCGAAGCCCCUGUGUGUCUUGGGCCGCGGCCGCUCCGCGCCAGGCGCGCUAGGCUCCGCCGUGUGGCCGCCGCCGCCGCCGCUGCCAUGUCCCCGGGGAAGCCCGGGGCGGGCGGAGCGGGGACUAGGCGGACCGGCUGGCGGAGAAGGAGGCGGAGGCGGCGGCUGGAGGCGGAGAAGAGGGCGCCCGGCUUCGGGCACACGGCGGGGCGCGUCCCGGGCACGUUCCAGGGCGCGCAGGGCAUGAAGCCCGCGGCGCGGGAGACGCGGACACCCCCGCGCUCGCCCGGACUCUGCUGGGCGCUGCUGCAGCUGCUGCUGUUGCUAAGCCUGGGCCAGGUCCUGUGCGCAGGUGCGGCCCUAACCAUUGAAGCUGUUGUCAGCCCAACCAAUGUGGUAUUAACAUGGAAUCACAGUGACCUGGGUGCUAUGGAGUACACUUGUAGCUUAGUGAAUGCGACGGAAGAGGAGCCACAGGUUUUUAUUGUCCAAAACCAAACAUCAUGUAACAUCACAGGCUUAAGUCCAGCUACUUCCUAUACAUUCUCCAUCAACGGGACUUUGGGAAAGGCCACAGAAAAAUAUGUCACAACAGAGCCUUGGCCAGUGUCUGACCUUCGUGUUGUCUCUAAGGCAACAACAUACGCUGUUCUCACCUGGAGAGGUGCAAAUGGCACUGCCUCCUACCGGAUGCUUCUUGAAGUGACUCCACAUUUAUCAGUCAAUAUUUCAGGCUUGAAGCCCGGGGACCAUAAAACUUGGAGUCUCCUGGAAUGGAACGAGACACAUAAUGACUCCCUGGUUGCAAAAGAUCUCUUGGAUGCCAAUGGCACUGAGAGAAGACUGGUGGCCAACCAGUUCCAACUACACACGAACUCUGUUGCCUCCGCAGACCCACCCUCUGCCCAGGAUUUCUUCUUCACAGAGGUCUUGCUCACUGGGCUAAAGCCUGGUACUCAGUACACCGCCACUGUUUAUUCACAGGCGGCAGAUGGCACAGAAGGGCAGCCUGGGAACAGUGUGUUUAAAACAAAUCCUAUCCAGGUUUUUGGCAUCAGACCUGUGAACGUCAGCGCCACAAGCAUGACCCUGACUUGGGAAAGCAACUAUAACGGCUCAUCUGCUUCCUACACCUGCAACAUACAAAUGGCUGACGGGACCUAUUCCACCAACCAGACUGUCAAUGAGACUGAGGCCAUCAUCCAUGGGCUGACCUCCAGCACACUGUACAACGUCACAAUUCGUCCUUCCCUGGGUCACACCGAGGGCACACCAGCCUUCCUCCAAGUGUACACUUCCCCCGGUCCAGUUUCUGACUUCCGAGUGAUAAGUGUCAGCACGAGGGAGAUUGGUUUGGCUUGGAGAAGCAAUGACUCAGAGUCGUUUGAGAUUUUCAUCACGAAGGAUGGAGAGGAGAAGAGUCGAAAUGUUACAACCACAAGCCAGAGCUUUGUCGUUGAAGACUUAAUGCCUGGAACCAGUUAUCAUUUUGAAAUAUUUCCACAAGGGCCAGGUGGGAUUAAAGGGCCAUCCGGAAGAGUUGAUGGUACCACUAACUCCAGUGCUGUGAUUGACAUCCAUGUGGUCAAUGUCACCGCCACUGAAAUGCAACUGGAGUGGCAGAAUACAGACAGUGCUUCUGGAUACACCUACAAUGUAGUUCUUGAGUCUAAAUAUGGCUCCAACAAGACCAGCAGUUCUCAGAAAUCGAUCAUACUGCAGGGCCUCACCCCAGGCACCUUAUAUAAUGUCACGAUCUCUCCAGAAGCAGACCAGGUCCAAGGCGACUCCAACUCCAUUACCCAGUACACACGGCCCAGCAGUGUGUCCCACAUUGAAGUAAACACCACCACCACUAAGGCGACCAUCCGGUGGAAGAGCUUGGAUGUGUCCUCCCCUUCAUAUGUCUACACCCUUCGUAUCUCAAAGACUGGAGAUGUCAGCAGUGUAACCAGAGUGACAGGCCCUGGAAUCACUUGUGAGAAUGUCACCGGCUUAAUCCCUGGCGUCUCGUACACAGUGGAGAUCCUUGCACAAGUGGGGAAUGAUACAGUGUCACUGGGAGUUGGUAGGAAGCUGUUCUGUAUGGACCCUGCGCCAGUGACCUCCUUCCGCUGUGAAGUGGUCCCCAAGGAGCCAGCUCUGGUUCUGAAGUGGGCUUGCCCCCCUGGCAUGAACACAGGCUUUGACCUGGGAGUCAGCAGUGGUGCCUGGGGCAAUAGGACACACCUGGAGAACUGCACUUCGGAGGGUGGCACAGAAUGCGAGACUGAAGUCACAUAUUUGAAAUUUUCUACCUCGUACAACAUCAGCAUUGCCACCUUGUCAUGUGGAAAGAUGGCACCCCCUACCCAGAUCACCUGUACCACUGGCAUCACAGACCCACCGCCUCCAGAUGGAUCCCCUAAUAUUACAUCUGUCAGUCACAAUUCAGUAAAGGUUGAGUUCAGUGGUUUUGAAGACAGCCAUGGACCUAUCAAAGCCUAUGCCGUUGUUCUCACUACCGGGGAAGCUGAGCAGCCUUCUGCAGAUGUUUUGAAGUACACGUACGAAGAUUUCAAAAAGGGAGCCUCGGAUACGUAUGUGACAUACCUCAUCAGCAUAGAAGAGAAGGGGCGCUCUCAGGGCUUGUCUGAAGUCUUGAAAUAUGAAAUUGAUGUGGGGAACCAAUCCAUCACCCUUGGCUAUUACAACGGGAGGCUGGAGCCUCUGGGCUCCUACCGGGCUUGUGUUGCUGGCUUCACCAACAUUACCUAUAGCCAUCAAAAUGACAGAAUCAUCAAUGGCGAUGAGAGCUAUGUGUCUUUCAGUCGAUACUCCGAGGCCGUGUUCUUGCCUCAAGAUCCAGGUGUCAUCUGUGGAGCAGUGUUCGGAUGCAUCUUUGGUGCCCUGACCAUUGUGGCUGUGGGAGGCUUCAUCUUCUGGAGAAAGAAAAGGAAAGAUGCCAAGCAUAAUGAAGUGUCCUUUUCUCAAAUUAAACCUAAAAAAUCCAAGUUAAUUCGAGUGGAGAAUUUUGAGGCCUACUUUAAGAAGCAGCAAGCUGAUUCCAACUGUGGGUUCGCAGAGGAAUAUGAGGAUCUGAAGCUGAUUGGAAUAAAUCUACCUAAAUACACAGCCGAAAUAGCGGAGAACAGAGGGAAGAACCGUUAUAACAACGUCCUGCCCUAUGAUAUUUCUCGAGUCAAGCUUUCAGUCCAGACCCAUUCGACGGAUGACUACAUCAAUGCCAACCAUAUGCCUGGCUACCAUUCCAAGAAAGACUUCAUUGCCACACAAGGACCUCUACCCAACACUUUGAAAGACUUUUGGCGUAUGGUUUGGGAGAAAAAUGUCUACGCCAUUGUUAUGCUGACCAAAUGUGUGGAACAGGGAAGGACCAAAUGUGAGGAGUACUGGCCUUCUAAGCAGGCUCAGGACUACGGGGACAUAACUGUGGCGAUGACCUCAGAAGUUGUUCUUCCGGAAUGGACCAUCAGAGAUUUCGUGGUGAAAAACAUGCAGACAAGUGAGAGUCAUCCUCUGAAGCAGUUCCAUUUCACCUCCUGGCCUGACCACGGUGUCCCUGACACCACCGACCUGCUCAUCAACUUCCGCUACCUGGUCCGGGACUACAUGAAGCAGAUUCCCCCUGAAUCACCCAUCCUGGUGCAUUGCAGUGCUGGGGUUGGAAGGACGGGCACCUUCAUUGCUAUCGACCGCCUGAUCUAUCAGAUCGAGAACGAGAACACUGUGGAUGUGUAUGGCAUCGUCUACGACCUUCGCAUGCACAGGCCUCUGAUGGUGCAGACAGAGGACCAGUAUGUUUUCCUCAAUCAGUGUGUUUUGGAUAUUAUCAGAGCCCAGAAGGACUCAAAGGUUGAUCUCAUCUAUCAGAACACAACCGCCAUGACAAUCUAUGAGAACCUCGAGCCAGUGAGCAUGUUCGGAAAGACGAAUGGUUACAUCGCCUAGUUCCAAAGCAAACCCUUUCUGAAGUUGACCAGAGCGCCGCACCCACAGUGAAGGAAAACGCCCUGAUAUGGACAUGUCUUUCUGUGUCUCAUUUCUCAGUUCUUCGUUCUGUUAUGUUAGAACUACCUUGGAGGGCAUAGGGCUGUGCGUGUAAAACAUGGCGGAUGGGCGGUUGGGCUGCCAGCGGCUGUGGACAGAUGGUGCCUAAAUUAGCUGCAUCCCUCUUUGCCAACGGGGUGGGUUCACGUCUUUUCCCUUGAGAAUUGUGGGAAACCAGGAAAAGUGAGCAAUGAUUUUUUUUUU